CCUCGGUGAUAAGCCGAAAAAGCUUUAAACUUUAUCGGCGACAGAGCAAUCGGCGGGCACUACUCUUCAUCACAGUUCAAUCAAAUCACAACCAGGCCAAGAAAUGACCGAAGCCAACAGCGGAGUAGAAAACAGUUGUUGAAGCGAGAAAAGGGGGAAGACCCUUACGAUUGAACGGCAGAGCACGGCAGGGGCUCUCCGGUUUGGCCGAGGAUGACGACGGCGGAGUCACCGGAGGGUUGCCGAAGAGUUUUCGGAAUCUCUCCCUCUCUUUCUCUAUCUCAACGAUGAUUAGUCUCCGUGGCGCAAAUGACUCUCGCCAAUUUCCUAACUUUGUAAUUGUAUUGGUCCAAAAUCCCUUCUCAGCUUCGAAUAAAUUACUGAUAUGAUCAUCCCAUAAAGAGAAUCUUACCAAAUAUCCUGUUGUCUUUCUCUAGUCGAUGAUUCUUUCCUCUCAUUCAUAGAAUAAAUAAAAUAAGUGUAGAUGCAAAUCCAAACCCAACCGGUAGUCUGGAUAAAAUGCUCACUUUUUUUUUUCAAAGGAUAAAAUGCUCACUUUAAUAUAGACUAUAAAUGAGUUGAGUCGAAUAAUUUAUUGUUCGAUCACUAGCGGAAUCACUUUAUAGAUGAAGCCCACUUGAAAAUGACUUAUUGAAACUAUGUAUGGAUUAGAAGUAACAUAACUUCACAUUUUGGAUUGAAGAUUGAAUCUCGUUGAUUUUAGAUAAACUUUCUCGAAGUAUAGCAUUUUGAGUAGAUCAACUUGAAAAUUUGAAAAAGAAAAGUAUGUUGUUAAAUGAUACUUUUUCAAUCUUGGCUAGAAGGAUAUUAUAACUUAAUCCAGUUCACACACAAUUGAACUUUUAUUUAAUUGAUUGUAAACUAUGUGUUUGAAAAGAGUUAAAAUUAACCUAGAAUAAUUGUCAUGUACUAGAAAAAUAUAUUGUUAUAACUUCAUACCUCUUUUUAAGAAACUUAUGACUACGUCCAUGCGUUCGGCUCGAGAAAAAGUCGUUUGAUACUCAAAUUAUUACUUAAUAAACUAGCUCGCGAAUUGACUCGUUUACUAGCAGACCGAGUUAGAGUUAGACCUUCUUCAGCAUGCGAGGCUCACGCAUCAGAUCGACUUGGUGACUCGAUGAGCUCAACUUGCAAGCUUACUCGCAUUAUGAUCACGAAUGGAAUUUGACUCGUGUUGCAGUUGCUAGUUUGCUUGUUGGUGAACUUUUCCUGACUCUAUUUUGUUAGGGUGAUUAGUGAACUAAGCUCAAAUAAGAUCAUGAGCUCAUUAGUGAAUUGACCUCGAGUCGAGACUUUAGUAAACACAUCGAACUUAAAUUGGACAUUCCAAAAUUCGAGUGAGUUUGUCAGUCAUCUUUUACUAGUUGAGAAUUUGAGAUUGAGUCAAUUCAAAAAUUCAACUCAACUCGACUUAUUUGCAGUCUUACAUUAAUGUUAUAAUUUGUGUAGAUAAAAGACUACCACAUAGUAGAGUUUUUUUUUUUUUUUUAAAAAGAGCAUAAUGAAUCACUUUUAGUGCUUCACUUCACAAGUUUACAUAAAUUUCGAUGGCUACCCAUGCAAUUAGCCAUCUUCCCUGUAAAUAUGGUUUUAUCCUAAAGGAACUAUUGACUUCACUUGUAAGCAUCUGGUAACGGAAGAAUUUCAGUUACCAUUUCCACCCAUUCUAUUUUCUUCCCGGAAUUCCAAUCGCCGAAAACCCGUCAAAGCUGCAACAAUGGCGGCUCAUCAGUCCUCCUCCUCUCCCUCCUACUCGAUUCUAUGCGCUUCUUUCAAUCAGGACAGCAGUGGGUUCGCGAUCGCCACCAAAGACAGCUUCAAAAUCUACGAUUCCAGCACCGGCCGCCUCUGCUACGAACGAGCUGUUGGAGCGUUCGUGAUUGUUGAGAUGCUGUAUAGCUCUAGCCUUCUCGCCAUUGUUGGAGCUGGUGAGCAGCCAUCUUUAUCACCAAGGCGACUAUGUUUGUUCAAUUCCACCACCGGAACUUCUCUCCGUGAGCUGAAUUUCCUCACUUCCAUUCUCGCAGUUCGCUUGAACAAGAAAAGGCUUGUGGUGGUUUUGCAAGAGAAGACCUUUAUCUACGACUCGAAUAGCCUCGCUAUUUUGGACACCAUUGAUACGAUUCCAAAUCCAAAAGGGCUUUGCGCAUUCUCCCCUAGUUUGGAUGGUUGCUUUCUGGCACUCCCUGCAAGUACGAGUAAAGGAUCGGUUUUGCUGUACAAUGUCAUGGAAGUCCAUUUACACUGCGAGAUAGAUGCCCACCGUGCACCCUUGGCUGCAAUGUCUCUUUCUUCCAGUGGGACAUACGUUGCAACAGCUUCCGAACAAGGAACCAUAAUCAGAGUUCAUCAUGUUCUUGACGCGACAAAGUCAUAUAGCUUCCGUAGGGGAACAUACCCAUCAACAAUAUAUUCCUUGUCAUUUGGACCAUCUUCGCAGCUUCCAGACAUCCUUGUAGCAACUAGCUCUUCAGGUUCCGUUCAUGCCUUUCCCCUGAGCAUGGCUGUAAAUCAGAGGGGCAAGAGAUCGACGAGCUUUCUGGGAUCCAUAUUGCCUGAUUCAGUGAACGAUGCGUUGGAUCCGGCUUAUCACCACGUUCUUCACCGAGCGGUUCCGGCUGGAGUGAGAAGCUAUGUAGUUGUGCGCAAGGUUGAGAAAGCUGCUGAAGCACCAGCAACUGAUGUUGCUAUAGGGUUAAGGGCCACCCUUGCAGUGAUAAACUAUAACGGGUACUUUCAAGAGUAUAUUGUAGAUUUCAAUGGCCCAAGCGAUCCGAAAUGGAGUUUGGAGCGCGAAUUUAAUCUUUUAGCUGCCAGAUCAGGCAAUGAACAACAUUUUCAAAUGGUGUGAUGAGGAUGCAUACGCUCUCAGUAAGCUGUUGUUGUCAAUUACUAACCUGUUGUGCAUAGUUCUUCAAAACUUCCUUUGAAAAGAAGAGGAAGAAAAGCUUGGCCAAAUUCUGGGGAUGAUUCUUCUGGUCUUUGUAUAUAACCAUGGAACAGAAACCAAACUGUUUCAGGGAUCCUGAUGAAGUCUUCCCUGUUUUGGCUGUAGAAUUUGUUUCCAGCAUUGUAGGGAUAUAUAGAAACUAGAUUGUAGAACAGAAAGGGACAUCAUGGUGCAAAGACGGGCGAAAUAGUAAAGAUUCACACAUAUUAUAGUGGUUGUAUGUAUACAUGUUUGUGAAACGGUACCUGUCUCCUCUGUUCCUAAGCAAUUUAACUCGAGAUCUCUACAGCCAGAACUCAUCCUUGUCACUGAUAAUGAAAUCAUACCAGUUUGGCAACCGAUACACGACAUAUGAUGACUGUACAGCAAGGUUUCUGAAAUCUGCCUUGCAAGUUCACUUUUAGUUGAACCUGGAGAACUGAAUGCAGUAAUGUUUUGGACGAGUGAGCUUAAGGGAACUAGUAGACGUCCGAAGCCCGCACUCGAUCAUAUAUACUGACUUGAUAAACAUCCGAUUGAAAAUAGGUCAGAGAAAGAGCAGGGCGCCUAAGUUAGAUAGUGUAUAGAAGAAAGUAAAGUGCAUAGAGGUUAGAUAGUGUAACCAAUCUUCAAUGUGAUCAACCAUAUUUUUGUGAGCAUUAGUGAACAUUUUAUGCGAUAUGAUCUGUGUGUUAGGUAUGAACCUUUUCCUGCAUACAUGUAACAUCUUCUUUUCUACACUUGCAGUGAUGUGACACAAUGCUUGUUUGAGGUGUGAGGCGUUCCCAGAUCGACAACAUAAGCACGAAAAAAUCACCAGAACUAAAAUACACGUCAUGCUAGGAUUGCACUCUUGCCAUGGUACUAUCGACCUACAAGUCCAUCGUAGCAUAACAUUUCA